UGUGGUCAAUAGCUUGCUCACUCAGGUCGCUCUCGUCAAAUUUCUCUGGAACUCAUCUGGUGAGCAGUGCACAACUGGGUCAGAGGUCACGUGUUACUGCACGUGCUGUGGGAUCUCUGGGAUUAAAGUUGACCUCCAUCGCGGGAGAUUGUUUUCAUUGGAUUGUACGGCGUGUCACUGGAUGACAAGUGGUGUGAGUUCAAACCUUGUGGGACCAGCGUGUGAUUCAUAGCGGACCUGACGGGAGACUACAGUUUAACUAAAUACAGGUGACAUGAAAUAUUGGUCACGUGAUGACCGUAAGACUGUAAGGUCUGGUGUCCACGGGAUAUAAACAUGUCAGAGACACAAACAUUUGGUGAGGUCAAAACAUUUCUUUCAAGGUCAAACGUUUGAAUGCUGACUGGGGAUCAUGGGACAAAUUUACGAGAAGGUGCACAUCGGAGACAAUGACAUCGAGGACCUGGAGAUGCAGGUGGUCCGCUACAAGCCCGAGGGCCUGGACACCUUGUGUAAGACGACCAAGUUCAGUAGGAAGGAGCUGCAGAUCAUGUACAGGGGCUUCAAGCAGGAAUGUCCGACUGGUAUAGUCAACGAGGAGACGUUCAAGGAAAUUUACGCUCAGUUUUUUCCUCAGGGUGAUGCUUCAGCAUAUGCCCACUACGUCUUCAACACAUUCGAUCACGAUCACAAUGGAUCGAUCAGUUUUGAGGAGUUCGUCAUGGGCCUGUCUGUCUUGUCAAGAGGAACAUUCCAGGAGCGUCUCCAGUGGGCGUUUAGCCUGUAUGACGUCAACGGUGAUGGCGUCAUCACCAAGGACGAGAUGCUGGACAUAGUGACGUCAAUCUACGAGAUGAUGGGCCGCUACACGGAGCCGUCUAUUGACGAGACCACGGCCCGUGAGCACGUGGACCGUGUCUUCCAGAAAAUGGAUACCAACCGUGACGGGGUCAUCUCAGUGGAAGAGUUUAUGGACACUUGUCGAAAGGAUGAAAACAUCACCAAAGGCAUGUCGAUGUUCGAUACAGUACUGUGAUACAAGUAACCUUGACCUCCAGCUGUUGUAGGGGGUGGGGCGCCUCUGGUGUCCUCCCUGUUUCCCCUCAAGUCUUUGGCUCCGACGCUGACAUUAAAGCACUCGCUUACUGGUAGCAUUGACACUGUCACUGACACUAUACACUGUCACUGACACUAUACACUGACACUAUACACUGCCACUGACACUAUACCUUGUCAUUGACUCCAUAUAUUGUUCACCAUUUCUAACGUUAUUGUUUCUCUAGAACUUAUCUCUACCAGAAAAAAAUGGCACGCAAAAAGCGAAAUUUCUUUGGCAACUCAUAUAUUUCUCUCUCCCUCCCCCGUUCUCUCUGUCUCUCACUUACUCUUUCUUUCUCUGUCUGCGUCUCUCCGUCUAAAAAAUGAAAAGCGUUUUUGUUGCACAAGAAUUAUUUCCCCUGCCAUAAGGGAGACGAAUGCAGCACUCAGGGGAGACAAUGUAUAAUUUAGACAAUAGAACGGCAUUACAUCAGAUGAGCGCUCAUCUAUAUUUGCUGCUUGAAAAAAAUAGUCUAGUGACGCACCACACUAACUUAUAUGCAAGAAACUUUCCUCUACAUGUUUUAAAACCUUUUCAAAUACACAAACGCUCAUAAACAGUUUUGUCAUUGGAAAAAAGAAAUGUGUAAUUAUUUGAUAUUUUUUGUUAUUUUAAUGAAACGUAUUUCUCAUGCCUGUAAAGAUGUCCAUUCAUCUUUUUUCCAUUAUAUGAUUCUUUGUUGUUCUGUACCGCUAUUCCCCUAUACUUUUGUAUUGACUGGACAAUUUGUUGUCUGGACACUAUGUUGUCUGGACAGUGUGUUGUCUGGACAGUGUGUUGUCUGGACAGCGUGUUGUCUGGACAGUGUGUUGUCUGGACAGCGUGUUGUCUGGACAGUGUGUUGUCUGGACAGCGUGUUGUCUGGACAGUGUGUUGUCUGGACAGCGUGUUGUCUGGACAGUGUGUUGUCUGGACAGCGUGUUGUCUGGACAGCGUGUUGUCUGGACAGCGUGUUGUAUGGAGACGGUGUUGUCCGGACAGUGUGUUGUCUGGACAACGUGUUGUCUGGACACUGUUGUCUAGACAGUGUGUUGUCCGGACAGUGUGUUGUCUGGACUUAGCUGGACAGUGUGUUGUCUGGACACUGUUGUCUGGACAGUGUGUUGUCUGGACAGCGUGUUGUCUGGACUUAGCUGGACAGUGUGUUGUCAUGACAUGUCCUGGUCCUGUGUGGCCAGGUCCUGGUCCUGUCGAUGUAACACCUUUUGUUCUGUCCUGGUUUUUUCUUGUGAGCCACUGUCAUCUCUUGGUCCUGCCCAGAUCAUCUCAAGUCCUGGUCAUGUCCUGGUUACAUAGAGGACAUGUCCUAGUAUUAAAAUACCCUAGCAUUAUUUAACAUCUAAAGCUUUAUCUGACCUUGGCUUAGAAGGUUUCUCGUGAUGGUACGUAUUGUGGCUACUUGUUCUGGUACAUGUUUCAGUACAUUUUCUGGUACAUGUUCUGGUACAUGUUCUAGUACAUGUUCUAGUACAUGUUCUGGUACAUGUUCUGGUACAUGUUCUGAUACAUGUUUUUGUACAUGUCCUGGGACAUGUUCUAGUACAUGUUCUAUUACAUGUUCUGGUACAUGUUCUAUUACAUGUUCUGGUACAUGUUCUAAUACAUGUUCUGGUACAUGUUCUGGUACAUGUUCUGGUACAUGUUCCGGUACAUGUUCCGGUACAGCGCUAGCAGCCACCACCCUGUUUCUGUCAGAUCAUGAUUUACCGUGUAUGCUGUUAUUUUCAGCACUUUUCUCUUGAUGUAAUGUUUACUUUCUGAUUGAACAGAUUGAAUGAAACACACUAAAACAAUCAUAAAAUUAUCCACAUCGACAUAUACCAUAUGUACACAUCAGACCACAAACCUGAAUCCUAAACCACAACUAAACCCUACACCACAAGUAAACCCUACACCACAAGUAAACCCUACACCACAAGUAAACCCUACACCACAAGUAAACCCUACACCACAAGUAAACCCUACACCACAAGUAAACCCACUUGCAACCACACUUACUAAUACUACGAUUUACCCCAAUUGUACACAUAAUUUACCACCAAAGACCAGACACCAUCUAAACUGCAACAGUUACAUCAUCAUAAUACAACAUUACAAAGUGGUGCAAGUCAUGUGCUAAUGUUGACACCCUGAUGUGCUAAUGUUGACAUCGUCAUGUGCUGAUAUUGACAUCGUGAUGUUUUAAAUAUUCUGUGAUUGAGUGAUAUCUGUUAAUUAAAUUUAGAACUUGAUUAAAACAGAGGCUGAACGGAUGUUACAUUGCCAUUGUAUUUUUUUAUGUCCAAAUUUUUAUUUGAAAGUGAAAAAAAUAAAAUGUGUUCAUGAUAAAAC